CUAUUUCCUCAUCAAUACCCCCCUUUCCUGUGGACCUUCCUCCUCCUGCACUGCUGCCGUCACAGAAGAAGGCAUUUUUUCGAAGAAGAAGAGGCAGGAAACCAGAGAAUUAUGGCGUGUUCAAGCUCUGCUGCUCUUAGAACAGUCUCUCCUUCAAUGAGACUAGCUGCCCCGAGGCUGUCGGCGGCUCCAAGCAAAGCCGGCGUAGCCUCAACAUUAAAGGGCUCGAGCCAGUUUCUUGCUCAAGCUCCUAAGCUGAUCUCAGCUCCCGCUAAGCUCGGGUUUUCAGCAGUUGCCAGAAGGCCGUUCACCUGCAGGAGCCAGGCGAGCCCUUCGGAUGAUUCAAGGCCAUCUAAAGUCCAAGAACUGUACGUGUACGAGAUCAACGAGAGAGACCGUGGAAGCCCGGCGUACCUCCGGCUGAGCCAGAAAUCUGUCAACUCCCUCGGCGAUCUUGUACCUUUCAGCAACAAAGUGUACAGUGGGGACCUGAAGAAGAGGGUGGGGAUCACGGCGGGGAUAUGCCUACUGAUUCAGAACAAGCCGGAGAAGAAGGGGGACAGGUACGAGGCCAUAUUCAGCUUCUACUUCGGGGACUACGGCCACUUAGCGGUGCAGGGGCCCUACCUCACCUACGAGGACACCUACCUGGCCAUCACCGGCGGGUCGGGGGUCUUCGAGGGGGCGUAUGGCCAGGUGAAGCUGCAGCAGCUCAUCUUCCCCUUCAAGCUCUUCUACACCUUCUACAUCAAGGGGAUCAAGGACCUCCCGGAGGAGCUGCUGGUAAACCCCGUAGACCCCAGCCCUUCCGUGGAGCCAGCCCCGGCCGCUAAGGCCUGUGAGCCCGGCGCUACCAUCGCCAACUUCACCGACUGACUGAAUAGUUUCUUAUUCUGUUUUUUUCUAGUUCUUGUUUUUUUUUUUUUUCCUUUUCUUUUUUUAAUGUGGAAAUUCCUCCCCUGAACUGAUCUGGAAGUGGUGUGGUGAGCUAGUGGGAUGAUCAGAUCAAUGAUGCAUCUUUCCCUUGAUGGUGAAAGCAAAGCAAUAAUGGAAUGGUAUGGUAUGGUAUGGUAUGGUGAUUAGUGGGUUUGCCUUUGCCAUUAUAUUUCCUCCCCCCCUCCCCCCUUUUCUUUUCAUAUUCUACUCGAGCCGUGUCUGUUUUGGCCCACUUCUCCAUACGUUGUCCAUUACAGGGAGUUAGUUUGGUACAUGAGAUGUUAGCUUCUCUUGGUAACGUAUUGUGGACGAAUAAUGAUAAACUAAAGCUCGCUAAAUCCUUCAUUUUUCUGAUCA